CCCCCUCCAACAGGAACAGGAAAUACAGUGGUGAUAAUGGUGGGCUAUCCAAAAGGAAUAGAGAUAUUGGAGCCAGUACGAAGAGGGAUUCCCGUAAAAAUGACUAUUGUUGUUGGCACGCGACACGUGCAGGAAUAUAUUAGUGGUCAGUCGGUUGUGUUUGUAGCCAUCGCCUUCAUCACCAUGAUGAUUAUAUCACUCGCUUGGCUCAUAUUUUACUACAUACAACGUUUCCUGUAUACGGGAUCACAGUUUGGAAACCAGGGGCAUAGGAAAGAAACCAAGAAAGCAAUCAGCCAGCUUCAGCUCCAUACUGUGAAACGUGGAGAAAAGGGUUUAGAUGUUGAUGUGGAGAACUGUGCUGUGUGCAUUGAGAACUAUAAACUGAAAGACACUGUCCGAAUUCUGCCAUGCAAGCACAUCUUUCAUAGAACGUGCAUUGACCCUUGGCUUUUGGACCACCGAACUUGUCCAAUGUGUAAACUAGAUGUUAUCAAAGCUUUGGGAUACUGGGGGGACCCUGAAGAUGUACUUGAAGUUCCAAUACCUGAAUCAAUAAGUGGCAGUGUUUCAGUCGGAAGUCUGAGUAUUGCUUUACAAGAUGAUGACAGAAAUGAAGUAAGCGAAUUGUCAGCUUCCUCCACUAAUGAAUCUGUAUUGCAGUGUACCAGUUUAAAAGAGGACGCAGGUGAAACCACAGCAUUACUUGAUGUGGAUGUCAGUAAUAACCGGCAUGGAGAACAUCUAUCUAAUGGAAAUUCCCACUGAACUGCUUCAUGGAAGAUACCUUGAAUAGACUGUUGAAGAACUAUUAUUUUUUAUUUAAUUAGUAUGGACUUUUGUCUAGUUAACGGAAAAAAUAACAAUGUAAAUUAUUUUACCUUUCAAACUUUUCUAGCUGGUGUUCCAAAAGGGCUAAUAACUAAGAAUUUUGUACGCAGGAGGAUUUUAUAAAAUCUCCUCUGGAUGUCUCAUCCUAAAAAAAGAUGCAAUAACCCUUUUUCUGUAAGCAUUGUUACAAUGUCAUUGUGUUCCAGAGGGCUGUAACAAAGAUGAAGACUAGGCAGUGAAAACAAUGUAUAAUGUCUAACAGAUAAAUAUUUUGGAUGCACUAUUUACAUUCACUAUGUACACAUGAAGAACACUUACAAGACUACAACUAUUAAAAUGUUCAGAAAUUUCUGAUCUGUUGUAAUUGGAGAUAGAUAUUCUUAGAAAAGAGGUAAUCUAACCUUGAAGGAAUCAAAUAACUUCAUGGAUAUGUUGCAUAUCC